UUUUACAUAUAAAACAAAUAUAAACCAUAAUUUUAUAAAAAAAUAAAUGCGAAAUUCAUUUCAGAAAAGAUUAUUUAGUAAUUCUAGAAAAGCAUACUUUUAUAUUAAAGAAAGUUCAAAUGGAUUAAAAAAUGAACAUUUAGAAUUAAACAAAUCAUUCAUUCUAUCUAACGGAGUUCGUAUUGUCUCUAAGGCUAUUCCUGGGCAUUUCUCUACUCUUGGAGUAUAUAUUGACGCAGGUUCAAGAUAUGAAUACGAUUAUAUUAGAGGAGCAAGUCAUUUUAUUGAUAGACUUUCAUUUAAGGCAACAAAAAACAGAAGCGCAGAAAAUAUGAUAAAUAGUCUUGAAUCUUUAGGAGGAAAUUUCAUGUGUUCAUCGUCUAGAGAAUCAUUGAUGUACCAAACGGCAGUUUUUAAUAAUGAUGUAGAAAAUAUGAUCGAAUUGUUAUCAGAAACCGUUCUUGAUCCAAUUAUUACUGAAGAGGAUUUAGAAGAGCAAAAACUUACAAUACAGUACGAAAUUAAUGAAAUAACAUCUAAGCCUGAAUUAAUACUUCCGGAAAUGGUCCAUAUCACUGCUUACAAAAAUAAUACUUUGGGAAACCCCUUAUUAUGUCCAAAAGAAAGACUUCCUUUCAUUUCUCUUUCAACUAUUUCUAAAUAUCGAAGUCUAUUUUAUCGUCCAGAACGUAUGAUUGUUGCAUUUGUAGGAGUUGAACAUAAUAAGGCUAGAGAUUUAGCAGAAAAAUAUUUUGGAGACUUUAAAAAUAAUGAUACGUCUUUCAGUUCUUUUACCCUACAAGAUAAAUCAUUAAAAUUGCCAUUUCAAGAAAAGCAAUUUCCAGAAGAAAUGUUUUUGCCUGCACAUUAUACAGGGGGAAUAAUGAAUAUACCUUUGUCAAAACCAGAUCAAGAAUUUACUCAUAUCUAUAUUGCUUUUGAAGGCAUACCUCUUUCAGAUCCUGAUAUUUAUGCAUUAGCAACUCUUCAAAUUCUUUUAGGAGGAGGAGGAUCUUUUAGUGCCGGAGGUCCUGGUAAAGGAAUGUAUUCAAGACUUUUCUUAAACAUAUUAAAUCAAUAUGGAUGGAUAGAAAGUUGCACAUCAUUUAAUCACAGUUACACUGAUUCAGGGAUUUUUGGAAUAUCUGCAAGUUGUAGACAUGACGCUGUUCAUGCACUAAUUAAUGUUAUUUGUCAAGAAUUGGCAUUUACUAUGCAAAAAGGACGGAAGGGUAUAAAUAAAAUUGAAGUAGAAAGAGCAAAAAAUCAAUUAAGGAGUUCACUUAUGAUGAAUCUAGAAAGUAAAAUGAUUAUCUUAGAAGAUUUAGGAAGACAAGCUCAAACUAUGAAUGAAAAAAAGAUGACUGCGCAAGAAAUGUGUGACAAAAUAUCGUCAUUAACAGUCAAUGAUUUACAAAAAAUUGCAGAAAAAGUUUUUACAGGUUUAGUAAAAAAUAAAGGCCAAGGAACUGGGCAGCCUACAAUUGUAACUCAAGGAAAAGGUGAAAAAGUUAGUAAUGCAAGUGAUAUUAUAAAACGCUAUGGAUUAGGAAAAUAAAUACUAAAUGUUUUUCCCUUAAAUUUCCAAGUGAUAUGCAUG